CUUGUCUUUGCUUCACAGAGAAUCCAUUUUUUCUCCUUUUCCCACAUCGCCACUUCCAUCUACAUAUAUAUAUGGCCCCUAUAUAUAUAUAUAUAGUCUUAUUAAAUUAAAUAUAGAAGAUAUAUCAUAUGUAUUAAAAAACACGUAUAUAGUAGUAAUUAAAUAAAUAAAAUGAAGGAGCAGGAAGGAUGGGUAGCUGCAGCUUUCUCAACCGACGCAUUAGUAGCUCAUCUUCUCUUACGUCUCAAACAAUCUUCUUCCUCACAAACUAUACUCAUCAACACUACGACGACGCCGUUUGGUCAUACUUGGGGUGACCGGAAGUCUCGCUCCAAAGCACAGCAGCAUCAGCAGCAAAGGAGUCCCACCACACCCUUUUCUUCGUGGAGUGGUGGAAGUGAUGGUGACGGCGAGUCUUGCCGGAAUUCCCCCAGUGAUAGAUCUGUUAAGGUUGGUGGUUCAACCACUUUUAUCGACACAAGAAAAAGAAAGCUUGAUUUGCAUCAAAACCCCGUGAUGGAAAACAACAUAUUUAUUCAAACAUCCUGCAAAGGUGAAUCAAAAGUUGAAACAGGGAAGAGGCGGUUUGUGUUGCCAGAUUUAAAUGAGAGCCCAGCCUCCGAAGAAUUGGUUGCGCUAUGAAGCCUGCUAUAUAUACGUUAAAAAAAAAAUUAAGAAGAAAAACUAAUGAUGUUUCUCAAGGUGGUGUUCCCGGAGGGCAUGAAAUGUUAACGUGCAUCCGAAAGCUUUUUGGUUAGCUAGAAUUAGGUAGACAAUGCUAGUCUUUCUUUAGUUUGGAUAUGUUCAGGAACAUAAUAUUCCUAUUGCCUGACUUUUCAACCUUUUUAAGUUGUAUUAUAUGUGUUGUGACUAUAAUUUGGGAGCAUACUCGUGAUUAUGUAUGUUUAUGUACUCAUAUUCUAACAGUGACUUGUGAUUA